AUGCCAGCAUUUCAUUCAACUUUCCCAGCUGAUCCAAGCACCGACCGUUUUGUAGGAAACUUUGUCCUUCUUCCAUUGAACACCAAAUAUAGAGGCCCAGCUUACCAGGCAAACUCAGACUACGAUAUCAUCGAUGAAUGUCUAGACUUGUUCCGUGCCAAUUCGUUCUUCAAGAACUUCGAGAUUAAGUCACCAGCUGACAGAGUAUUAAUCUACGGUAUCCUUUUCAUAAAUGAUUGUUUGGCCAACUUGAACUCUUCUACCUCAUACAACGAAGCUGUGAAAAAGCUUAUGAACUUGGCUUUAGACAGUUUUGCCAUCCCAGGUACUCCAGGGUUCCCAUUGAAUACCGUAUACUCUGUUCCACUUGAAAACCCAGCCGAAGUGGAGCUUUUGAAGAGUUAUAUUCAACAAUUCCGUCAAGAGUUGGCUAUGAGAUUGCUAGACAGAGUCUACAAGGAUAACAAGGAAGUGCCCUCUAAAUUCUGGCUUGCUUUCACAAGAAGAAGAUUCAUGAACAAGUCGUUAUAG